AAAUACUGCCAUUGACAGAUGACAAUUGACAACAGCUGAUUUCAUUCUGGGUUCUGAUGAAAGUCUUUUAUUUUCUGCAGACUACAUAGCAAGAAAUAAAAGUUCUUCGAGUGGUACAGAGAUACACGAUUUAUUUGCUGUGCUCUAAGAUCAUCAAGAAAAGUAAUAAUUAGUAUUAACCAUGGCAAAGCCGAGAUCCGAUGAUUCAUCAGAUGAAGCAAAUAUUGCGAAAGAAGCUAAGAAUUUCAUUGAAAAAGCUAUAGCGGACAUUGGCAAGACGUCGGCUACUAAGCAGCUUAUUUUAGGAACUGCAUCGGGAUGGAUCACUGGCUUUAUUUCUAUGAAAAUUGGCAAAAUUGCUGCAGUUGGACUGGGAGGCAGUGUAAUUUUAUUACACAUUGCAAGUCAAAAGGGAUACAUAGAUAUAAAUUGGGACAAAAUAAACAAAAAGGUUGACAAAAUUAGUGACAAGAUUGAAAAGGAAGCCACUGGCAGAUCUCCUGACUGGUUUGAAAAAGUCUUAUUAUUUGUCAAAGAUAAUACCUAUUAUUCAGCAGGGUUCACAGGAGGAUUUUUUUUUGGGAUAGCAUCUUCGUGAAUAUUUUUUUUAAUAAUGUAGAGAGGUUUGUUGAUCGAAAAUUAGAUAAGGCCGAAGAUUUAUUGAAGAAAAAAGAGAAAAAGGCCAAGAAAUGGUACCAUGAAGUAGUUGGAGAUGAUGACUACCGUGCAACUGAGUCUCAUGUAUUUUUGGCCUCAUUUGUAGCUGGACUAGCUAUUGGUCUUCUUUGCGGAAAAUAAUCUCCUCUAUGCAAUAUAUUCAGCUUUCUUCCCAGACUUACCUGUUCUAAAUUAUCUAGUAUUAUGUAAAGCUUUUUAGAUGUAAGUUUAAUUAUUAUAGUUUACCUUUAUUUAUUAAUAAUGGCCUUAAAAACUUUAUUGUAGGAUUCUUACUACUGUUGUCAUUGUUCGAGCUGCAAUAAUCACUUAAAUAAAUUAUAUCAAGACAAAAGAA